AUGCCGGACGUAGUAAAGUUGGCGCAAGAAGCGGAGACGAAUCCACGGGGCAUACCCAAAGCUCCAUUCGUCGACCGCGUCGAAGACUAUGUCACCGACCGUUCUGAGGUGGAAAGCACCAUCAACAGCUUCAAAGAGAUGAUCUCGAAGUAUCAGUUUAUGCAAGCAAAUACACAACGGCGAGCGGCAGGACUGAAGGAUAAGAUUCCAGAUAUCCAGAAGACACUAGAGACAGUGCGCUUCUUGAAGACGAGAGGAGAGGAUGCGGAGCCCAUUGAGACAACAUUCGAGCUGAAUGACACAUUAUUCGCGAAGGCAGAGGUACCACCUACGGACGAGGUGUACUUGUGGCUGGGCGCAAAUGUCAUGCUGGCAUACCCUAUCCCAGAGGCUGUGGAGCUGCUCUCGUCGAAGCUGUCAACUGCGAAAGCUAGUCUGGCGACCUGCGAGGAGGACCUGGACUUCUUGAGGGAGCAGAUCACAACACUGGAGGUCGCGUUCGCACGAGUGUACAACUGGGACGUUGCGCAAAGGAGGAAAGACCGCGAAGCCGGCGAGUCGAUAGAGGACAAGAAGGGGAAGUCGAAAGGCUAA